UUAGACGCUCAUUCAUCCUGUGCUACCGCAACCAGGAACAAAGAAGUAAACGGGAGGGAAAGGCGACCAUAGUUUCUUGCUGACCAAAUGUUGGCAGCGCUCGAACGAACAGCCGCCAAACCGGUCGAGUAGAGUCGUCGAGACGCUCGGAGACGCUGGGCUGCGAGCUGCCUAGAUAAACAAAAGAUGGUACGAGACAGCGUCGUGUACGGCCAGGUCUUAGGAGGGUGAGCCUCGACGCCAACGUUGUACGAGUUAACGGCGAUCGAUUCGUCGAUCGAUCACUCACCUGUUGCUCGUAGUCGCCUCUAGUGCAGAAAUGUCUCUCAGAACCGAAACAGUGGGGUGCUCUCUGGCCCCACGUUCGUGUCCAAUGGAAGCCUUCCUUACACCCAAGUGUACGUGACAUGGGUAGGAGUCAGCAAAAUCAGUAUGACGAAUCGAAGACUUUAUGCAUACUUCCCUGAUUCUAAAAAGGUUCAGUCAGUCGCAACGUUCACACAAGAAAACUUGUACCGAUUGUAUUACAUGUCGUGGCCUCCUUUUUAAUUUAGAUACACGUGGCACGCGCGAUAAAAAACUGAUGUAUCAACUGUUAAAGCGAUUAUCGAUAAAUGAAAAAUCAGUGAGAAACGUGACUCGAGACUGCUCAUACAAGUGAAAUAUCUAUGAACAAUUAAAUGUCGUGUGUUGCAGGGUACUUAUCGAUGUAAUGCAAUUUUUAAACUAGUCGAUACUACGCGUGCCUGUGAUCGAUCGUACGCGCAAUCGCACAAACGACAGUUACGAAAAUCAAAAUGGAACAUGUUCAAAAUGACAUCGAUCUACAGGUUGACAAUCCCACGAAGAAUACCAAUUUAAUCGAAUGGAACGUUGACAUGAAAGUCACAGUUUCGAACGUUAAAAAAUCGAAAAUGUUUCAGCGAUCGCGCAGUAUCGUUCUGUUCCUCGUGGCGAUCAUUUUCGCGAUUAUGUUAUCUCAUCUUAGGAAGGAAGUACGCGGUUUACAAGUCCAGAUGCAAUGCAUAAACGUUAACCUACUGUUAUUAAUGUCGAAGUAUGACAGAUUAAAUAGAAGCUUAAAUCGCGCCUGGAUACAGAGGUCUGAGGGGUAUCUCGAGAGCAAAAACAUGCACGACGUAAAAAGGCUACUUGAGGGAGCAUCGUCGACGUUGAAGGCUACCAAAGUGUUCGACGACAUUCACAAAUCCAACCGAAGCUCGUACACGUACAAUUCUGUCGUUUCGUAUUUAAACUCUCGAAGUCUGCAAAACAGGAAUGACAAUGUUAACGUCAACAAAAGUAACGAGUCUACGAUACCCAAAUCGUUGGUGCAAUUAAACGAUAACGGGAACGUUGUCCAAAUUAACGACGGUACUAAUUUACGAAUAGAGAGAGCGAUAUUAACGAUUGAGAACCAAAAUUUGACAGAGAAAGACGCGCAGUCGAGUCAGAAGAGAAUCGAUGAAAGUAACGAUAAUGAUUACGUUGACGAUGACGUAGAUAUAUGGAGAGAACCCCGUUCCGGGCGGUGGAGAAGAGACGAGGGAAGAGGUAAAAAACGGGGAAAGAACAAAAGGAGGCCCAAACGCAGUCGCAGGCGAUUGGGGCCUCUGGUAGCAACAUUUGUUGGAGCAAUACCUGAACAACAUGUUACUGAUACAGUUUACAUUGGCCCCUGGGUAAAAAGUACUAAAAAUAAUACCAUAUAUAGUUUAAAUAAAUUUCAUUUGGUAGAAGAUAAAAAGUCUAUAGAAGUUACAGUGACUGGUUUAUACAUGAUUUCUGCACAGAUAUUUUAUUUUGGUGAACCAACAAACUACUCCUAUUGGAUACUGUUAAGUUCGGAGGGAAAAUCUACGACACGGAAGCUCGUAAAAUGUUCAACAGCUUCUUCCAUGUCAGCUACUGAGGUUUCAUGUUACACGAGUGUAAUAACUCCUUUAGAGAGAGGUGAUAGAGUGCACAUACAGCAACAAGAAAAAAAUAGAUUGAUUAAUAUGAGAGAAGGACACAGUUAUAUCCAACUGGUACUUUUAUCUAACAAUACUAAUCAUAAAAGACGUGCGCGAUAAAGCGAUGCGAUACAAAUAUAGCUGUGCCAUGUACGAGGAGAAAUAAUUCCUCAAAUGUGAUCCUAUGCUAUAACUUUAACAAAAGCAAUAAGGUGAUUCCUCUAUGUUAGUCAAAUAGCAAUUAAAACAUACAUGUUUAUAAGUUUCACUCAAGUCAUAAUUAACUUCAAAGAAUCAAAGAAUAUUACUUUUGUUUAAAAAAA